UCUGUAGUAGCCUUGUCUUUCCAGCACAGCGCAGUAAAGCAGCUGCUUCAGGUCGAUCGGUGGAAGUCAUUCACAGAAAAGGGAUACUGCACAGGAGACCUACGCAAAGCGGAGAUUGCGGUUUAUGCGUUGCGUUUUACGCACGACAGAGUUUACUUCAGAAGAAGGACGUCAGAAGGCUACAGAAGGAUUGCUACCCCUUUCUGCAAUAGCCCUACAGCUUCGAAGAUGACAUGCUCGUGAUGCCUCUGUGCAUUCCAGAGGCCCACCUUGGCAGCUAGAGGAGAGGUCGGCCUCCAUCAACAUGACAGUGUUGCCACGGUACAUGGCUUCCCUGGCUGUGCCCGGCCUUAUCCUCUGUUUCAUCACUCUUCCAUUUCCUGCUAUACUAUCCCAGAGGCCCCCUCUCCCCACUGAGCCCUUCCCCACCCCAGCACCCCACACAAGGCCGGAGUGUACCCGCCUAGAGCACCCCAUCGUCUCUAUUCAAGCUCUAAGUCCUUUGAUCUCCACUUUUUCCCAUCCUGGUGUAAGGGACUACUCCCAACUGACCCUUGACCUCACCAGGAAUGAACUUAUAGUGGGAGCGAGAAACUACCUCUUCAGACUAAAUCUAAGCAACAUAUCUCUAAUACAGGCAACGGAAUGGGGCCCAGACGAAGACACCAGGAGGUCCUGUCAAAGCAAAGGGAAGACAGAGGUGGAGUGUCAAAACUACAUCCGUGUGUUGCUUGUCAACAAGACCGAGGUGAUCACCUGCGGGACCAAUGCCUUCCAGCCCCUUUGUAUCACCAGAGAGGCAGGGAACAUGAGCAGAGUGUUAGAGAGGGUGAAUGGAGUGGCUCGUUGCCCCUACGACCCUCGUCAUAAUUCGACGGCUGUGGUGACCGAAAGUGGAGAGCUGUACGCUGCCACGGUCAUCGAUUUCUCCGGCCGGGACCCUGUCAUCUACCGCAGCCUGGGAGGAAUGCCGCCUCUGCGGACCGCCCAGUACAACUCCAAAUGGCUUAAUGAGCCUCACUUCAUCUCGGCUUACGACGUGGGUCUUUUCACCUUCUUCUUCUUGAGGGAAAAUGCAGUGGAGCACGACUGCGGUAAGACGGUGUAUUCAAGGGUGGCACGGGUGUGUAAGAACGACAUAGGAGGCCGCUUCUUGCUGGAGGACACGUGGACCACCUUUACGAAAGCCAGACUCAACUGUUCACGGUCGGGAGAGAUCCCAUUCUACUACAAUGAGCUACAGAGCACCUUUUACCUGCCUGAACAGGACCUCAUCUAUGGGAUCUUCACCACCAAUGUGAACAGCAUUGCUGCCUCUGCAGUUUGUGCGUACAACCUCAGCGCAAUCACACAGGCUUUCAACGGGCCCUUCCGCUCCCAGGAGAACCCUCGCUCCACGUGGCUCCCCACCCCGAACCCCAUCCCUAACUUCCAGUGUGGGACCAUCGAGGAAGAAGGGCCUAAUGAAGGACUAACUGAACGAAGCCUGCAGGACGCCCAGCGGCUCUACCUCAUGAAUGACGUGGUUCAGCCAGUUUCUGUGGACCCGCUGGUCUGGCAGGAUGAUGUGCGGUUCUCCAAGUUGGUUGUUGACAUUGUACAGGGGCAGGACAAUUUGCACCAUGUCAUGUACAUAGGCACAGAGUAUGGAACUAUUCUUAAGGCCCUGGCAACCACAAAUAAGAGCCUGCAAGGUUGCUACUUAGAGGAGAUGCAACUCUUCCCGCCUGGCCUGCGUGAGCCAAUCCUGAGCCUUCAAAUUCUCCAUGGCGACAGGACUCUUUUUGUGGGCCUGAAUGACAAAGUGCUGAAGAUCCCUCUGGCAAGAUGCUCCAGCUACAAAACAGAAUUGACGUGUUUGGAUGCAAGGGACCCUUACUGUGGUUGGGACCGAAAGCAGCGCCGCUGCACCACUAUAGAGGACAGCUCCAACAUGAGCCAGUGGUUUCAGAAUAUCACUGCCUGCCCGCUGAGGAACCAAACCGCAGAUGGUGCAUAUGGGCCCUGGGCUCCAUGGCAACCCUGUAGUCAUGAUGAUGGCGAAGGCACCAGUACGUGUCUUUGUCGAUCGCGAGCAUGCGAUAGCCCGUCCCCUCGCUGUGGAGGUAAAAACUGUGAGGGUCCCACCAUUGAGGUGUCCAACUGUUCAAGGAAUGGAGGAUGGACACCCUGGUCGUCCUGGGGCCAGUGCAGCACAAGCUGUGAGAUUGGGUUUGAAGUCCGCCAGCGAUCCUGUAACAAUCCUUCACCCAGGCAUGGUGGCCGGGUGUGUGUGGGGCAGAGCAGAGAACAGAGAUUCUGCAAUGAGAAGGUGUCGUGCCCUCAGCCCAUCUUCUGGUCCUCAUGGUCACCCUGGUCCAAGUGCAGCUCAGAGUGUGGGGGAGGGGUGCAUUCGCGCUCCAGGAACUGUGAGAAUGGAAAUAGCUGCCCAGGGUGUGCGCUGGAGUACCAGGCGUGUAAUCUGGAGUCCUGUCCAGAGGUGCGUCGAAACACCCCAUGGACCCCUUGGGUGCCAGUGAACAUAACCCAGGGAGGGGCACGGCAGGAGCAAAGAGUUCGCUACAUCUGCCGGGCCCAACUGGCUGACCCUCACGAGCUCCAAUUGGGCAAGCGUAAAGUGGAGACACGCUUCUGCCCCAAUGAUGGGACAGUAACCUGUGAAACAGACUCUCUUGUUGAGGAGCUUCUCAGGGCGCCUGGUGUACGACUGAUAGGCUCUGGCUGGUCUUCGUGGGAGACGUGGUCAACUUGUACUCAGGAGUGUGCCAAAGGCUACCGCACUCGCAAACGCACCUGCACCAGUGCGGAAGGCAAAAGUAUUCCCACCGCCUGCCGGGGAUCUUCAGUUGAAUAUCAGGACUGCAAUCCACAGCCCUGUCCAGUUAACGGCGCCUGGUCUUGCUGGUCGUCAUGGUCGCAAUGUUCAGUGCCCUGUGGAGGCGGGCACUAUCAACGAACGCGCACAUGCACCAGCCCCACCCCUGCCAAUGGAGGGGACAUCUGCAUCGGCUUGCACACAGAGGAGGCCCUUUGCAACACACACACCUGUGAUGGUGGAUGGAUGGCCUGGUCACUGUGGUCUGAGUGUGAUGACUCGGGCCUGCAGCUGCGCAGUCGAGUGUGCGGGGCUCAAUCCACGCCGUGUGUGGGAAACAGCUCCCAACACCGAGACUGCAAUGAGAUCCCAGCAAUUCUCCCGGCAUCUAGCUAUGAGAAGGACCGGCAGUGUGGAGCUCCUUUUCAUCCAGAACUCAGGAAGAAAUGGAAUCGAAAACCAGGUUUAAGGUUCACUCUGCUUCACCUGAUAGCUACGGGUGUGUCGUGCUUCCUGGGUGCCGGUUUGUUGUCCUUUCUGGUGUAUGUGUACUGCCAGCGGUUCCACAAGCCCUCGCAGGAGUCUGCCGUCAUCCACCCUACCACUCCCAACCACCUCAACUACAAGGGCAACACCACACCAAAGAAUGAGAAAUACACACCCAUGGAGUUCAAGACUCUGAAUAAGAACAAUUUGUUGCCGGAUGAGAGGACCAACUACUUCCCUACUCCACUUCAGCAGACAAAUGUGUACACCACCACGUACUACCCCGCAGCGCUGGGCAAAUAUGACUACCGCCCAGACUCCUCAUCCUCUCCCUGCAGAACCUAUAACCACAGCUGAGACUUGUGUGCCCAUCUGUAGCUUUAUCGCCAUGGUGACAAGGCCGCGCACCUCCCUUUUCCCACCCAGACACUCUGCACCCGAUGUGGUGCUUGUUCCAACAUUCCAGCUGAUCCCUCCCCUGAAGACUGUUUCUCCUAAGUCAUGCCUUGUGGUGUCCAAUGGAGGAAGAGUCCAGUGACUCAAACAGCACUUUUUAAAGAUUGUGUAGCUACACUGACUUUGAUAAACGGAUGUCUUGAUUGAUCUCUGCAGAACUCCCGUUACUGGAAGGAGAUUUUGCUGAAGCUGAAGGUGGGAAGAGAAAAUCGUGCUGGCAUCCUGUACAACUCCAGCAAUAUUCAUUACGGGAAUGCAAUUUGCCGCACUGUGGCAGUCCUUUUAAAACUACACAAGAGAAGAAUAGCCAGACACCAGACAAAAGAGAGCAAUCAAUGGUGACAUUAUCAGGUUUGGUUAGAACGGUGGUAUUGUUACCUUUGGAUGCAAAUGUAAGGACUUCCCACUGACUUCCGACCUUUAAGAGGCAAAUCUCGAUCAAAAGAGGAUGAGUCGCGGGAUCAAUGCAUCUCCUGGGUGGACUGUUCGGAUAUGAGUUCGCAACCAAGCUGCAAGAAAAAGAACUGCUUAAAAUAGGAUGCUAUUCAGAACCGAACUAUAGAUUUUCAACACGGUUGAAGGAUAAGGACAGAGGAAUGCCUUAUUCUUCCCGUAAAAAAGUUGAAACACCCUUUUUACUUGCGAAUGCAUGGGAAUUGAGGAAUAUUGCACCAACAUGGAAUAUGCUUAGGUCUGAAGCAAACAUGUUCUACUCUGUUACUGUAAGUCCCGGUGGUCAUAUUAAAUAUGACUGGGUUCAAACCGAGACGGACUAUAUUUUAUUAUGAAAAAAUGUAGGAAAUACUGAUAGCUUGGCACUUGUUUUGUACG